AUGCGUGGGACUCAAGAACAAGCCAUUGCUCGCAUUGCCUGGCUGGAGGACAUAAUUCGAACACAAUUACCCCAUGUCAAUCUCAACGAUGGCCCUCUUCCUUCUGGCCAUCCGGGUCAAUUUGGUACUGCUUCAGACGGCUUAGGCAGGGCUUCAGAAAUACCAUCGGAAGCUGUACCAUUUAGUAUGGGCGACUUCCAGCAAAGUAUGGGUUCUCUGAGUGGACAAACAAUGGAAGAGAUCUCACCUGCUCCUCCCAAGGGAACCAAACGUACACUGGAGGCUACAACGUUUGACUCGUCCUUGCAGGACAAGUCAGUCCAUGAAGACGCUCGCUCGGUGGCUCUGGAGCUAGGUCUCCUUUCUUUGAUCUCUGAUUCACGCCAGAUGCAUUAUUUGGGAUCUUCUUCGGGAACUCUAUUUGCUUCGCUGUUUCUCUCGAAUCAACCAGGAACAGGUCCUACUUCUGAGAGCUUCCCACAUUCACCAAAUGGUUCGAAUGGUGAAGUGCAGCAUGGCAUCGACAAGGCCACGCCUCCUGCCUUGAUCUCACCGGCAAAUCAAAAGAACAUAGAAGAGUUAUUUGAACAGCUUCGGAAGAUUCUACCAAAUCGUGAGGAGUGUAAUAUGCUCCUAGAACAGUUUUUCAAUCACAUGCAUCCUAACCACCCUUUUCUACACUAUCCUUCGUUCAAUUCUGCGGUCCACGCGUUGUAUCAAUGUGUAGAAGGUCCUACACCGACUUCGUUCCAAGCCAAUGGUUGGCCCGCGAGCGCACAGCCGUUCCCAUACAAUGGCGAAGAAGAUAUGUCUGGAGGUUCCAGGCAGUUCUCAAUUUCAGUAUAUAUUGGGGCUUUUCAACUGCUCAUGGCACUCAGUAUCGGAGCAACCUUGCAGAUACGGCGCCAACGAUACAGCCACAAUCCAAAGACAUUUUUCAAUACAGCCACCAACCUAUCUAAUCACGUAUUUGGCAAUAUUUCCUUACCGGUUUUGCAGUGCGUUUUGCUGGUGGUGGUGCAUGGUCUAAUCGAUCCUGAUGGAUGUGACGUCUGGACUCUGACGCAUGUGGCUAUGGCGCACUCCAUUGACCUUGGACUUCAGCGAGAAGCCAGUAACUCAGGUCUCUUCAAUACCACCGCCACCGAUAUUCGACGUCGGGUGUUCUUUUGUGUCUACUCGCUUGAUCGGUAA